CCAAUGGCCCGGGGAUUAACUUAAUACACUUCCUCUAUAUUGCAAUCUUUCAUCUCCAUCAUCUUCGGUUACCAGGCCUCUGGGGGUUUCUCCAAAAUUACCAUCAAAAUGAAGUUUCACAUGGUCUCUACAGUGCUCUUUAGCACAUGCCUCACAUUGGCCCAAAUUCUGGGUUUGCCUAGCUGCUCUAUGCAAUGUUUUAUCAAUGGCAUGACUCACGACGGAUGCUCGAAUCUGUCUGACUUUGCUUGUCACUGCCGACAGCCCUCUCUUGUAACUGAGGUGACUCCCUGUGUCCAACAAGCUUGUAAUGAGCAAGACCAGUCGUCCGUCUCCAACGUUGUGGUGACCGAAUGCUCCAGCGUUGGUGUUCCAAUCUCCGUCCCUCCAGUUGGUCGUGGCUCAACUAGCACGAGUAUCCCAGCGACAGGUGGAAACGCGACUCCAACAUAUGGCCCCGUCAGUCCCUCCGGUCCCAUAGUGACUCUUCCCACGUCAACACCGAUAAUAUCGUCUUCAACCCCUGUGGGCUCCUCGUCUUCUGUGCCUGUUUCAUCCAACAUUGCUUCCCCAUCAAGCCCGGCUUUUCCGUCGCCUCCAUUUCUUGGGGGAGCUAGGUCCUUAAGUUCCGGGGGUAAAGUGGCUGGCGCAGCUGCUGCUAUCCUGGGUUGGUAUUUGGCCUGAAGGCGUGGCUUACAUUGGCCUUUGUUCGUGUCCAAGGAAGGCCUGUUAGAAACUGCGAGCGCCAGGUCUGGAUACAUACAAGGAGAAGGAAUUCAUGGGUGGUGGCUAUUAUAUUCUUGAUUAGGUUGCUUAUUGAUUGUGUCUGUAACUAAGGUUGCUGACUUAUUUAUAAUAUUGGAUAUCGCCGACG